AUGGUGGCGACAGCGAACACAGGGACUUGGCACUGGCAGGAGCGCUUUGAGCCUGUGGACGUGGAGGGCGCGGCACGCCGCCAGAUACUCAACGUGAGCGCAACCGCGUCGCCAUUGGCUGCGGGCGUUGAAGCUGCUCACACGUCGCAGAUUCUGACAGUCCUCGGUGUCCUGCAGGUCCGCAGGUCGAUAGCGUAUGACCACUGGCUCAAGAAGAAGAGUCGAUCGAGCAGGGAGGACACGAACGUAUUUGAAUCAGAUCGCAACGAGGAUGGCAACGAGGAUAAGCAGGCGGAGAUCGAUGCCGCCUUUCAGGAUUGGCUCCAACGCAAGAGGAAGACAAGCAGAAAGAAGAAGAUUGUUGCAAACAACAAUGAGCAGCCGAAGCCGUCGCGCAAACCUCCUUCACUGCAUGUAAAUCCAAAGACGAAGAGCAAGACGCGCAAACCAGAGCAGAAUUCAAAUAUGCACCACAGUCAUUCCGAAGCUGAAAGACAGCAGGCCUACAAUGCCUGGUUAGCGCGAGUUCUUCUGGAAGAUCGGAUCAGACGAGCUCAGCGUCGUGAGGAGCUCGAUCGGCUCGAGCAGCAGCAACGCGAGAAGCACAAGUUCACCUGGCGAAAAAAUCUUGCAGUUUGCGCCUACUCAACUUUAGUCGAUAACUAA